UGUUAUUUGUUUUAUGACGUCAUGCAUCUCGGACAUUAGUAACGCACAAAAUGCAAUGGAUACCGCAGAGGAUUGCUCAAGUCCGAUUCCUAACAGGGCAACGUUAGAAGAUGACGGAGAUGUUCCGAGGAGAAUUGAUGAGCAGAUCUUGUAUUUCAAAGACGAGCAGCCAUUGUCGGAUCUAGUUCUGUUGGUUGAAGGAGAGCGUUUGUUCGCCAGUCGAAGCCUGCUAGCGUUUGCUUCACCUGUAUUUAGUAUCAUGUUCACGUCAGAGUUUAAAGAAAGGGAUCAGAAAGAAAUUGAAUUACCCGGGAAAAAAGCCAAAGAUAUUGAUGAACUAUUAAAGUUUCUGCACCCGGGGAUGGACGAUAAUUUAGAGCAAGGUAAUAUGUCGGCGUUUCGGCUACUGCCAAUAGCAGAGGAAUACCAACUAGCCAAGCUUACUGAGAAAUGUGAGGACACUAUUCUGGAAAAAGUCUUGGAAGGUAAUUUAAAUAGAGAUAAAGGAGAAUUUGUCGUGAAAUGCUUAGAAGUGUGUGCUAGAUAUGGGCUGGAAAAACUCUACAAUGUCGUCACUCAGAAGUGUUCCGAAAAUCCCGUACUAGGUGAAAAGUGUCCGGAAAAAUGAGACGCUCCCGUUAGACGUCAAGAACCGGGUGUUUGAGGAGCGACUAUCCAUCUUGGAGAAAGAGCGGGAAAUCUUCCUCUCAACUAAAGAUCGCCUAGAAACUGUCAAAGGUCGUCUGCGCGCGAUUAUACAACCACACGAGAAUCACUGUCGCUGUCGAGUCGAACUCAAACUCCGCUCAAACAUGCAGAGAUACUGUACGUACUGUUCACGAAAUUGGUGUUCCGAUCAUGUGAGCUCUGAGUCCUAUCGGAGUUCCUACUGGUUCAAUUGUAACCAUCGAGUCGGCUUCACCGUGGCAAAUGACGGUCUUCUCAAAGCUUUCGUUGAAUCCAAAGAUAUAUAGUUCACAGAAAAAAACCCAACUCUACAUAAACAUUUUAUGAUUAUAAUACAUAUUUUCAUAUUAUUGUUUACUAGUUUCAUUGCAGUAAUAAUUACAAAUUAAGUGUAAUAAUAAAGUGGUUUUUUUUCUUUUACA